AUGGAACCAAAAUCAACCUCCUCUGGUGUUCUUCGUCGCAAGCCACCAUCAUUCAGAUUUUAUCCAUACACUUCAGGGAGCUCCUUUGUAAAGGAGGGGAUGAAAGAGGAGGUUGUAAGAUUAGGAGUUGAGUUCUCUGUCUCUGUAGCUGAAUUGAUGUUCUUGUCAUGCGAUGAUAUUCGUACUAUGUUGUUCACCUUACUGAAGUUAUGGAAAUAUGUACUACCGGAGUCGAGUCCUGUGGUAGGAAGGUUGUUUCUCGUUAUUCUUUACAUCUACUCCAAAGAUAUCAAACCGAAGAAUAAUGGAGUAUUAUACCAGAACGGUGAAGAAGGCAAGUCACCCCAGCGGAAUCUUAUCAAGACAACUUUGAAUGACUUUGUUUGCGGAAUCAUAGUUUUGCUUCGCCUUGUUGUUUCGGUUCUCAGAGUAAAAGAUAACUGCUCUUUCCAUGAUAGGCUAUUAUCUUCAGCUAUAGCAAAAUACAAGCAAGAGCUGAAAAAUCUAGAGGAUAAAUUGAGGCCUGCUAAAGAUGUUUCAGAGGCCAAUGGGUUUGCCAGGGAGACAAUAAAGUCAAACAUUUUUCAGUUUUGGAAGUCUCUCUUUGAAGCUCACAUGGAAAUAACGAGAGAGACGGAAAAUAGGAUGCGUAGGGAGUUGUUUAGGGGUAUUGAUGGUGAGACUUGGGAUGUAGAGAUAAUGUCACUGCCCUUAUUACAUCCUCCUUACAUUUUAGGAAGAGAUUUUAUAAAACAGGAGCUGAAAGACGAGGUUGUGCGACGUGGAGUUGAGCUUUCGCUAUAUGUAGCUCAAUCAAUGUUUUUGUUGUGUGAUGACAUUCGUAGUAUGUUAUUGUUCUGCUUUAAGUUAUGGAGAGAUGCGAAAAGGUGCGUUUAUCCUAACAGCCUCGUGUUGGAAAGAGUGGUUCGUGUGAUUCAUUAUGUCUACUUCAGAUAUAUCGAACCGAAGAAUGGAGUAUAUCGUAAUGGUGGCUUGUCUGUCCAUAUGAGACUCGCUAUAACAACUUGGGAGAAUUUUAAGUCUGUGAUUAUAUCUAUGAAUCUCCUUGUACUGGGUUUCAGACAAGAAAGAAGAUGUGCGUGUGGACCGAACUUUCUGUCUAGUAUGUCUAGUUUGGAAGAACAACUGAAGAAGGUAGAGGAGAAGUUGAGGUGUGGGAAGGUUGUUUCAGAGGCGAAUGGGUUUCUGAAGGAAGUGAUAGAGCCUAGCUUUUUCGGCUUGUGGAAGUCUCUCUUUGAUACAGAAGCUAAUAAUGUUGAAGCAACACAGACUUUGAGAGUGAUAAGGUAUAGAAUUCUUCAUGACCUUUUUCUACCUCUACAUAACGAAGUAGCACCACCACUGUAG